UUCUAUAAAGCAUGAAGAUUUUAUUAUUUAGUGGUAGCUUUGUUUGGUUAUUUUGGAUCUUUUUUGUUCCCUAUUUAGUGGACAGUGUUUCUCUUGACAAUCCUGAUUCGUCCCCUGUUACAAAUAAAGUGUCUGGUGUUUUACGGGAUAUUCUGAAUCGAGACACUUUGGUACGGUUGUCAAUGGUUCAGAAAAUUCAAACAUUAGCAAUGGAUGCGAUAGAUACUAGAAACAACACCAAAAAUGUAAUGGAGAUGCUUAAAAGUGUGACAAAAGAAUUCCAAAAUAUGAAAACUUGGCAAAGGAAAAUUGAAGAGGAGAUUUCGAAUUUUGAAAAGAAAUUACGAAACGAAUUUACUAAGAUGUGUGAGCAACAAAAUUCCACAAGUCAGGUGAAAAAUAAUUCUUCACCAACAUUUUCAGGUGGCGGUGCUCUUUUUGUUCAGUGGGGAAAACCAAGGUGUCCAGACAACACAUCUCAACUGGUAUAUUCGGGUUUUCUUGGAGGAUCAGAAUACAAUGCAAAGGGAGCAGCUGUUACCAAUGUUUGUCUUUCUCCCGAUCCACUAUUUGGAAACUGGUCUUCAGAAGUCAGUAUCAUUAAUCAGAUGUAUGGAUCUGAACUGGAUAUCGAUGUAGCUGGACCCGGGACAUCAACCCAGGACAACACGUGCGCAGUGUGCAAAAGUAAGAUCCACUCCACCGUUGUUAUGAUCCCAGGCAGAAACGAAUGUUAUCCAGGGUGGAAGAAACAAUAUGGCGGAUAUCUUAUGUCUAGUCCCAUAGGGUAUUCGCCUAAGGAAAUCAUCUGUUUAAAUGAACAUCCCGAAUUUGUUGUAGGAGGCGGAAAUGAUAAUAAUGGAAAUCUUUUAUACCCAAUCAAAACCGUCUGUGGUUCGCUUCAGUGUCCACCCUACGUUAAUGGAAAGUUAUUAACCUGUGUUGUAUGCUCGCAGUGAUGAAUAGAAAAUAAAAUUCCACAUCUUGUGAUGUGUAAUGGCUAACAGGUGUUGUCAAACCAAUUUUUAAAAACACAGGUGACCGAACAAAUAUAAAAACUAUUGUCAGAUAACACUUUAUAGUUGUCAUGGUCAGUUUUUUUUUUUUUUACCUCUUUGUUAACGUUUGGAAUGGUAUGUAGAUUACUUAAAGUCAAACUUGAUUCAGAAACGGGUAUUCUACUAUAGACAAUAUAGUGGCCUUGCAUAUUCUGCCAAAUAUGGUAAUAAUUUCCAAAAAGACACUAAGUCAUAUUUAAAUGAAAACAUCCUUAGGUAUACUAGAUUCAAGUUUGUUCGGAGAUAGUGUGGGACAACAAUAGUGAUCAAAGUUUUACCUAAUUUACACCAGAUUAGGGAAA